AUGGAUGAUAAGCUCAAUGCUGGAACCCCAAGUGAGAGUUCAGAACUUGUUUUCUCUUUUGGAGUUAUAGCUGAUAUUCAGUAUGCUGAUUUAGAAGAUGGCUAUAAUUUCCAUGGAACCAGAAGGAGAUACUACAGACAUAGUCUUCUUCAUUUACAGGGUGCUAUUGAAGACUGGAAUAAAGAAGAAAAUAUACCCUGUUGUGUUCUUCAACUUGGAGAUAUCAUCGAUGGGUAUAAUGCUCAGUAUCAUACAUCAGAAAAAUCACUCGAACUUGUUAUGAACACAUUCAAAAUGCUUAAAGUACCAGUUCAUCAUAUAUGGGGAAAUCACGAGUUUUAUAACUUCAGUAGAGACCACUUAACAAACUCUAAACUUAACACAAAGUUUCUACAAGACCAGAUUGUUCAUCAUCCUGAGACCAUACCAUCAGAGGAUUAUUACGCUUAUCAUUUUGUACCAUUCCCUAAAUUUCGGUUCAUUUUACUUGAUGCUUAUGACUUGAGUGUCUUAGGUAUGGAUCAGUCUUCUCCAAAAUACCAGCAAUGUAUGAAGAUACUGAAGGAGCAUAAUCCAAAUGCGGAAUUGAAUAGUCCUCAAGGACUUUCUGAGCCCCAGUUUGUCCAGUUUAAUGGAGGAUUCAGCCAAGAACAGCUGAACUGGUUGAAUGAAGUUCUUACAUUCUCUGACACAAACCAAGAAAAAGUGGUGAUUGUGAGCCAUCUUCCCAUUUACCCAGAGUCCUCAGACAGUGUGUGCCUUGCCUGGAAUUACAGAGACGCCCUUGAAGUCAUUUGGUCUCAUGAAUGUGUAGUAUGCUUCUUUGCUGGUCACACUCAUGAUGGUGGAUACUCAGAGGAUCCUUUUGGUGUACACCAUGUCAGUCUAGAAGGGGUCAUUGAAACGGCACCAGACAGCCAAGCCUUUGGCACAGUUGAUGUCUAUCCUGAUAAAAUGAUGUUGAAAGGGAGAGGCAGAGUUCCAAGCAGAAUUAUGAAUUAUAAGUAA